UGGCGACAACGCUUUCUUUUUUCUUCUUCGUCUGUAAUUUUCCGAAAGAAAUUGACAGCAACAACAACAACAACAUUUAUAAAUAAAUACCCAUCAUCAACGGAUCACUUUCUCUCUGCUGGUUGUCAGGUGAAAACGUUGCCGGUACGCUUUUUUACCAGAGAGAAGAGAAAGAAAAAGAUAAAAACCGUACGUAACGUGACAAUUGCUGUGUGGGGUUUGGCUUUGUCUCGACUACGCGCCACCUGCUGUUGCAUAUGCACUUUUUAACGACUUUUUUCCACCUUAAAAUAUUACACUUCAUCAAGAACUACAGGGAGAUGAGCGGCGGCCCGGUACUUCGGAAUUCCAAAUGGAAGAAAGGGCACGCGUCUAAAAAUAAGACGCCCAGGGCCAAUCACUUCUUUGCUAUCCAAAUUUUGGAUUGUCAGAUCGUGGAAGCAGUCCACAACGUUCACAGGACCAUAUUGGAGCAGGAACCCGAGUUGAGCAGCGCCCUGGUGUCUCCAUCAACUCUCCACAUCACGCUGGCAGUUGCACACCUGUCCAGCCCAGAGGAUUUGGUCAGGGCCAAUCAGGUUCUGGAGGAAACGGUGAGAGUCUUCUCGACUUCCAGGCUACAAACUCAACAGCUGGACCUCCACUUGGCACAGGUUGGCCACUUUGACAACAAAGUCAUCUACGCCAGUGUGAAAGAAGAAAGUGAAGGCACAGAGCACCUUAAUCAUCUUUCCAAAUCGUUACGUGAACGUUGCCAAACGGCCGUCCUCAUCACGCUAAUAGACGGGGACAGAUUCACGCCGCACGUAACUCUCCUCAAAUUGUCCAAAGAUCCCAGCCUUAAUCGAAAAGGGAUCAAGGCUGUGGCCUCCCAUUUGUACGAAAAACACGUUGAUUGCGUCUUCGGUCGACAGGUGGUUGAGAGCGUUCAGUUGCUGUCGAUGACAGAUCUCUAGGACGAAAAAGGCUACUACGCUCUUAAAGGCGAAUUCCAUUUCGCAGCAGCAGCAGCCGAGAAACUACUUUUAUGUUAAUCAUUUUUGGAAUGUCAAACAUUCGAUCAAGCAGGAACGGCAGAAGCAGGAGCAGAUGAGAUAAGAACAGCAGCGAGACUCGAUCAAAGAAGAUGCAGUACUACCAAACUCCCCUGCUGAGAGCUACGACCGUUUCAACGGGAAUGUAGGGGCCGAGUGCAACAGCCCAUAACGCAGUGGUUGGGCUCAUGUUACGACCGUUGCCUUUUAGCCCAUCUUCCCAAUUACCAUUCCGGCUUUCAGCCAGAUAUACUACACACACACUGUGUAGUAUGAAUGUGUAACGAAGCGUUGCUCCGCACAGCUGAUGAUGCUGCAACCUGACGCCGCCCGGCGCCAGUAAUACUGUAGCUACUGUAGAACUAGAGCUACCCAUAAAUCGUGUGUAAAUGUGUACGUUCCCAUAGUGUUAGGCCUACCCCAGAAUAGUAUUGACAAGCGGUCAUUCCACACGUCAACUUACUUGGGGGUACCCUUAACACAGGGCGACUAUUAUUGAAUAAUGUGCCUUUGUCUCUUGACUCUGUCUUAACUAGUAUAAAAGCCCACCCAAUGCAGUUCUUCUUCAGUCAAUGCCAGGCCGUUCAGUCGGUCUAGUGUUGGCUCACUUCUUCUAGAGCUCAGUCCUUCUGGCUCGUUUCUGUAGUCAGUUACCGCUAGUUGUGCAGGCGAGAUGGCCGUCUGUACACUGGUAGCAAUUGGCUAUGCACUGUUCUGUCAUAUAUCUGACCUUAUUUGUAUUAUUUGUUGAAUGCAUUUGCCCGUCUCAUGCUGGAGAAGUCUCGCACUCCACAUGUAGUCACGUGAAACUAAUAUGAUUAAUACAGAUUAUGUCCCUUUUUAAAUUCAUCUUAUUCGGUGACGUUUCGCAAUACGUUACAUCUGGUGGCAGCGAUCAUCUAACUCAUCACUCCCAAGAGACUGGUAAACCUUGGCCAACCGGCAACCGCUCACCUACCACUCAAAGAACGGCCAUACACAGCACGCACGACCAUCCCACGUCAAGCAUCACGAUCAUCCCAAUUCAGCAUCACGAUUAUCACACUUCAAGCAUCACGACCAUCCCUGGCAGACCAACCGACGAGAAUCCGCUCAACACUGACAAUUUUUCUUAGAGUAAACUGUAUCAGUAAUAAUACAGUCGAAGUAAUCAAGCGCAAUCGGAAGUGAAACAAGUUCAAUGACAAAUUCAAUCGAAACGGGAAAGAAACGAUUCAAAUGUUAAAUGUUCCAAUGUGUAUCUCAAUGUCAGUAAUGUGCAGUUUUUGAAUUUUGGGAUUACGAGACGUAAUCCAACGGUCCGGGGAAUGAUGUAACGAAGCGUUGCUCCGCACAGCUGAUGAUGCUGCAACCUGACGCCGCCCGGCGCCAGUAAUACUGUAGCUACUGUAGAACUAGAGCUACCCAUAAAUCGUGUGUAAAUGUGUACGUUCCCAUAGUGUUAGGCCUACCCCAGAAUAGUAUUGACAAGCGGUCAUUCCACACGUCAACUUACUUGGGGGUACCCUUAACACAGGGCGACUAUUAUUGAAUAAUGUGCCUUUGUCUCUUGACUCUGCCUUAACUAGUAUAAAAGCCCACCCAAUGCAGUUCUUCUUCAGUCAAUGCCAGGCCGUUCAGUCGGUCUAGUGUUGGCUCACUUCUUCUAGAGCUCAGUCCUUCUGGCUCGUUUCUGUAGUCAGUUACCGCUAGUUGUGCAGGCGAGAUGGCCGUCUGUACACUGGUAGCAAUUGGCUAUGCACUGUUCUGUCAUAUAUCUGACCUUAUUUGUAUUAUUUGUUGAAUGCAUUUGCCCGUCUCAUGCUGGAGAAGUCUCGCACUCCACAUGUAGUCACGUGAAACUAAUAUGAUUAAUACAGAUUAUGUCCCUUUUUAAAUUCAUCUUAUUCGGUGACGUUUCGCAAUACGUUACAAAUGCGAGUACAAAUGAGUUCCUCGUGUUUUCUUUAUGGCGCAUUUCCCUUGGCAAAAUGCUGCAUCACAGUGUGCAUCUUCCCUAUGCAUAUAUUUCUUUCCCCCUGUGUACUUUUGAUGGCUCGUUUCGAAUAACUUUUACCAAAUUUGCCUGCGUUUCUUUUUGUAUGUUUUGACCCGUCGUGUUAUUUUCUUCUUUAAAUAACAAUAUGUUAACCAGGAGACGUACUGGUAAUAAAAAUUCUGAUGACACGGUA